AUGAAUGUUCCCGGUGGCGAGAUCUCGACCAAAGAUUCGGUCCUAGAGACCGGAGCUGGCUUCAUACAAGACUUUACGCCCGUCAAACAGAUCUGCGCCCACCUCAACGCCUUUCACACUUAUGCUGACGAGCCUGGCCGUCAUGUAGAGACUAACCACUACUGCUCGCAUCUUACCUCGGAUGUACGCCAAUGUAUUCUCUACGAUGGGCCUGGCCCGAAGGCCAAGCUCAUCGGCAUCGAGUAUAUGAUCACCCCCAAGCUCUACGCCGACCUGCCGGAAGACGAGCGUAAGCUGUGGCACUCGCAUGUCUUCGAGGUCAAGUCAGGCAUGCUCAUCAUGCCCGGCCCCACGGCGCCUGGUCUCCGACAGGCGUGGGAGGCCGCUGAGACCGAGGAGAUGAAGGAGGUGGUCCACCUGUACGGUAAAGUGUACCAUCUCUGGCAGACGGAUCGAGGAGAUACCUUGCCAUUGGGCCAUCCAAAACUCAUGACGAGCUUCACGGAAGACGGCCAGUUUGACUUCGAGAAGCACGUCGGAGACCGGGAUGUCCGGUUCGGUGCGGAAUGGAAACGCAAGAAGGAACUCAGAGAGGGAAUCGAAGUACCCAAGAUACAUGUGGAUGCUGAUCAGGCCUGGACAACUAGGCGGAACUCGAUGUAA